AUGUCCGUGCCCCGCUCACUCCGCCCCGCCCUCAAGCACGCCACCGCCCCCGCCGCCACCAGGGGGCACGCCGUCGCCGUCGACCCCCCCUUCCUGCCCCCAACGCCCCACGUACAGCAGCCCCAACCAAGACGCUGGGUCGAUGGCGACGUCAGACACGACUGGCGCAGGAGCGAGAUCCAAAAGAUCUUUGACGGCCCCCUCAUGGAGACCAUCUACCGUGCUGCCUCUGUUCACAGGAUGCACCAGGAUGCCUCCAGGAUCCAGCUGUGCACGCUCAUGAACAUCAAGACUGGUGGAUGUACCGAGAACUGCAAAUACUGCUCCCAAUCAUCUUCAUACAAGACCGAGACAAAAGCUACCCGGUUGGUCCAGCUCGACCCCGUCAUCAUCGCUGCCCGCGAAGCCAAGAAGAACGGCUCGACUCGGUUCUGUAUGGGUGCCGCCUGGAGGGAUCUCGCGGGAAAGAGGUCUGGCUUUGACAGGAUCUUGGAGAUGGUGCGUGAGGUGAGAGGUAUGGGUAUGGAAGUCUGCACCACUCUCGGUAUGCUUACUCCCGACCAGGCUCGCCGACUCAAAGAAGCCGGUUUGAGCGCUUACAACCACAACUUGGACACUUCCCGAGAGUACUAUCCCGAAGUCGUCACCUCCCGUUCCUACGACGACCGUUUGUCCACCAUUGAGAAUGUGCGACAGGCUGGUAUCUCGGUGUGUUCGGGUGGUAUCUUGGGUUUGGGCGAAAAGGAUGAGGACAGAGUGGGCUUGAUCCACGAGAUCUCCAGAAUGGCCGAGCACCCCGAGUCUUUCCCCGUCAACACCCUCGUCCCCAUCCCCGGUACCCCCCUCGAAGGCAACGACCCCGUCAAAGUCCACACCGUCCUCCGAACCAUCGCCACCGCCCGUAUCGUCCUCCCCAAGACCAUCAUCCGCCUCGCUGCCGGCCGUCACAUCUUCAACGAGACCGAGCAGAUGAUGGCAUUCAUGGCUGGCGCCAACGCGGUGUUUACUGGUGAAAAGAUGUUGACUACGCCUUGUUCUGGGUGGGAUGAGGAUAAGAAGAUGUUGGACCGAUGGGGUUUGCGGGGUCAGAGGAGUUUCGAGGAUAGUGAGAACAUUGAUGUUCCUCACCACCACCACAUCCACGAGGAGACUGGUACCGGUGCCAUGCUCUAG